UUCUGCAGCCAUGUCGCUUCCUCGCACAGAGUCAUCACGCGAUGUGAGACAAAAGCUUGAGUAAGGACUAACUUAGGAGGCGAGGCUCGCAAAGAUCCGAGAAAUCAAGGGUUCGAGCGCUUGUCGAGCAUGACCCUCAUUGUUGGUUUCCCUGAUAUGGUAAUCCAUCAUAUCAUGCCAACAUACGGUGCCGUAGGAUGUAGAUAAGAUUCCUAGUAUUGACCGCGACGGCUAAACUACCGUGGCAGAGUGCCGGUAUCAGCAGCGCAUGAAUUAUAUAACAGACAACCCCUUCGAUCAUCCACGAUCUGUUCAAGCAUCGCGAAAUUUGUGGCACUGCGAGUAUAGGUAGGUACUGUACCCACCCGUACCGAAAAUAGCCACCGCAAACAAACAAAUCCCCACCAAUCAGGCUACAACGACACGACAGGCCAAUUCUCGCGAUUCGAGAAUCCUGUGGCUCCGGAACAGGCUGUAUCAAUCUGAGCAAGAACGGAAAAAAUCCCGAUGUCGAACUAUACGGAGGAGAGAAUGUCCUCCACUACUCGAGCAGAAAUUGCUCAGGAAUUGAUUGACGUGGUUGAUGCAGUGCCAGAUGUAGGAGAGGCUGGACCUUCCCACGAGGUGAGUUGACGGCCUUAAAGCCUUAACACUUUGCUUACAACCACCGGAAGGAAAAGAAGGGAUCCAAACACGACAGUCGUGACUCCUCCACCCUCAAGGAGGAGGCGGAGAAACCGCUGCCGAGGGAACCAACGGAGGAGAGCUCGAGAUCCCAAGUCAAGGAAAGUGCAAAUACGAGCAAUGGGUCAGAGGAAUCUCGCUCGCGGAAGGAAUCGAACUCGAAUCAACAGCCCUGCUUCGAGAGUAGGCUCCGAAGAGAAGUGAGUGAAUUAAGACCUAGAAGCUCGAGGGAAAAACAGCUUAUAAAAACUCAAGGAUAUUGUGGCAAUGUGCCCGUGGACAGAAUACGAAAUGUCCAUCACCGACCUUGAUCAUUGUUUCAACCAGAUCCGAACCCUUCCUUCGCUCAUCGAUAGACUGAAAGAAUUGAGCGAGGAGAACGAAAAACUCAGAGCUCUGCAGGACGAUAUGCUCUCCGGAAUCGACCGUUUCCAUCCAGCUCCUGAUUCCGCUAUUGUGGAAAAGGUGGCAGGAUUGCGGGGUCUGAUCAGGAUUUUCUCCAAGAUGUAUGCGCGCCAAUUGAAGAGCAUCAAGGAAGGGCCGUCGGUGCGGGAUAGGCUCAAGGGCCGUACCUUGACAGCGCUUAUCGACGACUCUAUAUGGGAGGACUCGAGGAAUGUAGUCUUGCUGGCCGAGAGCGUUAUCUGGAAGAAGAUUAUUGACGAUGUGUUCUGGAGCCCUUUCCAGAUAUUUGGGGAACGGUUGGAAGAUACGUGGAAAGCCAUUUUCGACGAAGGUAAGCUCUUCUUCAAUCCACAUGCAGCUUCGGAAGCUGAGUCUCUCCAGACGGCAAGGAAUCAGCGGAUCCCUAUCCCUUUGCUAGCGAGCAAUCAGAAAAGUGGAGGAAUGCCACCGUCCUUCACCUAACCAGCAAAGCCAACAAGAACCCGGAGAAGGCAUCGGCAGUAGCCACGACCAUCCUCGAGCAGUUGGAAGAUAGGCUCUCCUCCAUACUCGGAAUCAACAUGCUCAAGGCGCUCGAUCGUGAAUCGUUAAGGAAGAUCGUUAUCGACUCCUGCGAGUUUGCAGCCCUGCUCGGCCAACAGCGCUGCCGAUUGAGAUUCUACACGCCCGAAGCCGGCAUACAUUUCGACACAAGCGACAAUAGGCAAAAGCUCGAGGCGAUUGGCAGUGACGAGAUCCAGUUCGGGAAGGUGGCUUUCGUGUCGGCGCCCGAGUUGAGGAAAUGGGGAAAUGGGUAUGGGCAGAAUCUGGAGGAAUUGGAUGUAAUUGCCGGAGCGCGCGUGAAGGUGGUUGAAUUAUCUUGAUGGUCUCAUCCCCCUCAUGUACGACAUUGGGCCCGGUUACCGUAUAGUUAUGGUGUUUGCCCCCCGCAGUUGUAUAAUAAUAAUUCUACGAUGGCGUGAUAGUUCUAUCAUCAAUUUCGAGUAGGCUGUCCGUCAGUGCCGGAACUCCUCAGAGAACAGUUCCCUUGGGCACGAAUUUUUAACCCACUCUGUUGGAGA